AUGACAACCCCCUUAGUUGCCAGUUGCGAUACCGCUGUUACUAAAAAUGCUCAACAUGGUAGAGCAAUAUAUCAAAACAAAUUAUCAUCACCCGUAAAAAUAGUAGCACCAAUGGUCGACCAAUCUGAAUUAGCAUGGCGUAUACUAAGCAGAAAAUACGGUGCAGAAUUAUGUUAUACACCAAUGUUUCAUGCCAGAUUAUUUGCCACUAGUGAAAAAUAUAGAAAGGACAUGUGGUGCGAUGGACUAGACGGGAAUCCAAAAUAUGGAGACAGACCAUUAAUUGUACAAUUUUGUGGGAAUGAUCCGGAAAUGAUUUGUAAAGCUGCGGAGUUUGUUAAGGGUAAAUGUGAUGGGAUUGAUUUAAAUUUGGGAUGUCCACAGAAUAUAGCCAAAAAGGGACAUUAUGGUUCCUUUUUGAUGGAAGAGUGGGAUCUAAUUUCUAAAAUAAUUAAAAAAAUGAGUGAAAAGUUUGGUGGUACCAAUGAAACUAGUAAUCCGGAUGGAUUUCUUGUGAGUUGUAAAAUAAGAGUGUUUCCUGAAUAUGAGAAAAGUUUAGAAUAUGCCAAGAUGUGUGUUGAUAGCGGUGCACAAUGGAUUUGCAUUCAUGGUAGAUUACGAGAACAAAGGGGUCAAAAAACUGGGAUGGCAGAUUGGGAUAAGAUUAAAUAUUUAAGGGAAAACUUAACAAAGAAUAAAGAUCAAGUGGUUUUCAGUAAUGGGAAUAUUUUAUAUCCAGAAGAUAUUAAGAAAUGCCUAGAGUACACUGGAUGCGAUGGUGUGAUGAGUGCUGAGGGGAACUUAUAUAACCCAGGUAUUUUCAAUAGCGCAACAAAUAACAAUUUUGAUAAUAAGGACAAAAUUUUCCCCCGUGUUGACAUUAUACUAAGAGAAUAUUUUGAAAUUGUCAAAAAAAUGGGGCCAGAAAGUAAAGCUAGUAGAAAUGCAAUGAAAUCUCAUUUUUUCAAAAUAUUGAGGCCGUUUUUGCCACAACAUACAGAUAUCAGGUCUGAAUUGAGUAAAAUGAACGGAAACAUGCCAAUGGAAGACUGGGAAUGCAAAAUUGUAAAACCUAUUGAGGAUAUAGUUCAAAAUAAAAUAUUUAGUGGUAGCAAUAGCAAUAGUUUAGAUAUAAUUGCUGUUAACAAGGAGAAUCCCAGAUAUUUAAAUAUACCAUAUUGGAGAUGUCAACCAUAUUUUAGACCUGUUAAUGGUGUAACCGGAGAUAAGCGAUUGAUGAGUGCUAGUAUCAAAGAAAAGAAGGAAUGUUCUUUAAAGAAAAGAUCACAUGAAGAGGAAACGGAGAAGGGAAGAGAUAAUAAUGGUACUGCCAUUGGAGAAAACUCCGAUUCCGCUGGUGAUACGAAGGAUAAAAAAUUACGUACUUAA